CGUCCACGCUGCUCAUCCGUGUUUGUACCGCUGCGGUUACGGUUGCGCUCCAGAGAUGAGUUACUGGACGUGCGAGACCGAGCAAGACGGGUCAUACUGGCAGAGGGCACUGUGGAGAAGAAGGAGUUAGUGAUGAGAGGCAGGGGAAUCUCCGCGCUCGCGUGCUCACACGCACCCAUACACACACGGGUACACACUGAAUCACAUGGAGCGAGUCUGACAAAUCUCUUUCUUCUCCAGCUUCUUGUUCGUUAAUGGAGUUCCGGCAGGGCAGCGGUGAUUACUGCCACGCCCAACAUCGCAACGCUUGAUCACGGGUGGAUAUGCCCGAAAUCUGCCACUGAAUGUUUGGAGAAACGCCUUCACUGCUUUUCUCUUGCUGGUCUUUCUGACUGACCACUUUGCUGUGCAUCAAAUGGGUUAAUUGGCAUCUUGGCACCUGGCAUUUAGCUACCGGACACUGUUCCACCUGUCUAGCUGCCCGGCAGAGUAUCCCUCUCAAGAGGAAGAGGCAGAUUUGUUGGAAGAGGAAGACUUUUGUGGCCUCUAUUUACCAAGAAAGGCAGCUUUCAAUUUUAUGUACUGAUUAGUAGUGAUUUAUCGCAGAGGAUCCUGGAAAUCCCUGACACCUUCACUGUGAUAGUGCAUCUGCUGUAGAACUGCUCUAGGUCAGAGUAGUGCCAUACUGUGAGUGGAUCUGUGUGGAUCCUGGCCCGAAUUGGGUGCUCUUUUCUUCUGUAGAGUGGAGGGACACCAGCAUGGCCAAGAUGAACCGUCCGGCUCCUGUCGAGGUCUGCUACAAAAACAUGCGCUUCCUUAUCACACACAACCCAACCAAUGCAUCACUAAGCAGCUUCAUUGAGGAUCUGAAGAAGUAUGGGGCAACAACAGUGGUUCGUGUGUGUGAAAUCACCUACGACAAGACACCGCUAGAAAAGGAUGGGAUUACUGUUAUGGAUUGGCCUUUCGAUGACGGUGCACCUCCUCCUACCAAGAUCGUGGAUGACUGGCUUAGUCUGCUGAAGAAUAAGUUCUGUGAGGAUCCAGGCUGCUGUGUGGCUGUGCAUUGUGUGGCCGGACUGGGCCGGGCUCCAGUGCUGGUGGCUCUGGCACUUAUAGAGAGUGGAAUGAAAUAUGAGGACGCCAUUCAGUUGAUCAGACAGAAACGCCGGGGCGCCAUCAACAGCAAGCAGCUGACGUACCUGGAGAAGUACCGCCCCAAACAGAGACUGCGUUUCAAAGACCCACACAACCACAAAAGCAAGUGCUGCCUCAUGUGAUCCGGUCUCACCAGCCUGCCACUGAAGGAACCAGUUACUCAUGGACUAAACCGGACUGAAAUUACCAAUCUAGUGCAUUUGAACUCUUGCUACAAUUCAGGAGGGGAAUUCAACCCCCUUUUGGUGUAUAUGUCAGACCCCUGCACACAGGGUCUUCACCAGCUCAGGGCUGUGAAAGACGAGCCUCUUGAAUUUUGUCUUUACACACAAACACCUGUUUUUGAUCCCCCCCCCCCAAUCCGCACUGUGUUCACAAAUUUAUUGUGAACACAAACAUACGCCCGAUACGCACACUCAUGCUACCAGCCAUCACACUUUACCAGCAGCACACAGUCCAAAGAUGAUCAUGGCCACCAGCCACCUGCUCAUAGAACUCGAUCACUGUUGUUAUGCUCAUGCUUUCGUAUGAAACUGCUUGACAGCCCUGUUCUUUCUCUUUUGUAAUUUUGAAGUUUCAGAAUGCAUGUCGCUGUACUUUUUUGAAGAUGCGUGUGAGUGGUCUAACCUAGCUCUCUCUUUUUUUCUACAUUGUAUCAUGAAUCUACUCUGGGAUUCAAGUUUUUUGCACCACUGGCUGCUUAUUAAUAGAACUGUGGGCGUCUGGAUGAUAACAUGGCAUACUUUGACCUGACUUCCAGGUUUUUGGAUGUUUUAGCUGCUUUGAAAUCAUGUUGAAACUCAUAAAAAAAGAAAUCCAGGUAAUCUGCUACACUUCUGUUCCACAGAAUUGCAGCAGUGAACAGAGAGAAAUCCAUGAGUGAGCACAAUUGUAGAUCAGUAGUUCUGUUUUAAUUUAACACAGCUGCCACAAGAGGGAAUCAUCACACUAUGUAUUUCACAUGAAAAAUCUUUUUGGACUUGCCGGAGUUAUUAUUAUAUUUGUUUUGCUGUUUGCACUCAGUGCUCAUUGCGUGGCUAUUUCUCACGGACAUGGUUGUACUGUGGAAUUUCAGAAGGAACUUUAGUGAGGCCUAAAAUAUUUAGUCUUGUCCAUAUAGUAGGAAAUGAAAUGGAAUCACAGGAUCUCUGCCUAAAUAGCAAAAGCUAGUGAAGCAAAUAUUAAGGAAAUAUCUAAUAAAAGAGUAUCUUUGCAUAAUUGCAACUGUGAGAAGGAUAAGCAAAUUCUUGUUUCAGGUUUCAUGGAUUAAGGUUACGUUUGCCAAUUAUUAUAUUCACUUGUCCUCUCAUGUUUAUCUACAAAAGCAAUGGCUGGAGAACGGACAUAUUUUAAAGCUGAGCUCACUCCAAUUUAGAGCUGAACUUUAAGACAGGAGAUCAAGUGUUUAUCAAGUUUGCAUUUCAGGUUUUGACACUUACAGUGGAUGCCAUUUAAAUAAAAGGGUGUGAAUAAAGCAGCUCAGUGUUGCUCACAUAAAUAAGGGCUUCUCUCUCACGUGCUGUUUAGUCACUUUUAUUACUGUUGAGUGUCUGCAUUUACAAAUGUGUAAUGUUUUGAUGAGUUGUGGACUCAAUAAAUGUAAUGGUUCAUCUUGGAAUGUAUCUGGAAACCGCUGCGAUCAGCAAAAGAACAAUCAAAGUUAACAUUUUCAGGAAUAUAUUAUCAUCACUAGUCCUGUUUUUGUGAUGAGGGAUGGUGCAAGACUACACGCCACGUCUCAAGUUUAUCCUGACCUCUUUCAUUUGUGGUCCUGAAGACCAAGACACCAUCCAUGAAAAUGUUCUUGAUUUUUGUUUCGAGUUCCUGAUUUUUGAAUAAACCCAACAGAGCUGAAGUCAUUACCCUUGACACUGGAUGAUAUAGUGUCAGCAUUAAAAAAUCAUGGGUGGUAUAUGUAACUGUACACUAUUACUCCAUAGUAGGUUCACUGAUCCACUGGUUUCCUGAUCAUAUCUAAGUGGCCUAUUUGAUAUUAACAUAUUGUAUUACAUGUUUUUGUUAAACAGUGAUACAUAAUUAAUGAUCUAUUGUUCCCUGUUCAUAUCUACAGUAAUUGACAUUAUUGUAUUAUUCAUCAUUUUUAAUGCCAAACAAAAAAAGUUAAUAAUUGAUGUACAUAUUGCUCUUCUAUUAAAUUGGAACAGAUGUUAAAUCCUGAAAUCUGGAUUAAUUGAAAAUGAAUAAAAACCUUCUGGUAUUUCUCACGA